UUGAAUUCCGAAUACCCAACAACAGAAACCAUGAUGCUAAAAGCAAGUGUCCCAUUCAAAAUAAAGUCAGUGCGUCUCAGUCUCAAGUAACUUUAUUGAUACGAUGUUACAUAGUUCACCAGGCCUAUCGCCAAACCCUCCUGAAAGAUGCUUUUAUUUCGCCUUACUGGAGUAUGUGUACUAUUAUUAUAUUACCUAGAGAUAAUUGCACUCCUGGUAAUUUCAAACUCCCCAGGUAGCCCGAUGGUAACCCCGCCUACUGCCUCGCAUUAGCCCGCCUCCAACUCCCUAAACAGUUUAUAAUGAAGAGGCGAGCGUUCAGCUUGCCAGUGACAUGCCUCCUGUCAAACGAGUGUGUAUCUGUUGAGUAGCCUACUUUCAAUCAUUCAAGGAGAAGACCAUUUUCUAUUUAAAAUAUUUUUUUCACGAUCUCUGGUGAUGGCCCUCGCUGAUGCGAUGCUGCCGUCAAUUUCUGCUUUUGCAACUUCGACACCUGAGGAGAAGCAGACCGUUCAGCACUGGAAAGUGGAUCAGACGAGGAUAGGGGACGACAUGAAACCGCUCAUCGAGGUGGAGUUCAGCAUCGUGGAGGGCUCUGCGCUGAACAAAGAGGAAGACGACCUGUCGAAGUUUUUGGAUCUAGAGUUUAUCUUGUCCAACACAAUCGGGAAUAACUCGACCAGUCAUUCUACAUAUCCACUUCCAGAGUCACCGGAUAGCUGUAGUACAGUGUAUGAUAGCGACAGUUCUCAUCAAACUCCUAACGCGUACUGCAGCAGCAGUUACAGCUCAAGUCCCUGUCACAGUUUGGUGGCGGAGUUGCUGACCCCUGACAUGGGUUAUCAGGGCGACGCUCAGCGAGACUUCAGACUGACUGAGCGGCGUGAGUAUACUGAGCUUGGAGUUCCGAGCUCGGAGAACCAUGUGCACUUAGCUGUAAAUCAUAUGGGAUACAAAAUUAAAACGGAGAGUCAAGAACAGUCGUGCAUGAUGCCAACAGACUUUAUGGGACAUGGUUACGAACAAAAGCCCCCACGGCUCAUGCACAACGGAUUCAUGCAGCAGCAGGCGUGCGCGCAGGGGUUUGCACCUCAGAUUAUUCACCAGAGUUUGUCCCGGGAUGAAAUGGCGCGGAAAGACUGUCACCUGGCGGAGAUGAGCGCACACCACCACUCUCAUUUGACGCGCUCCCAACAGUACUUGCCAGGUGCGUACCCACAGCAGUACCCUCAGCACCCUGGAGCGCAGCAGUACCACGGAGAGUACGGCAUGUUCAGGGAGUCUAUGCGUGUCCAUCCGGGCAUGCCUGGCGCGGUGUUGACCCCACCGUCAUCGCCACUGCUGGAAUUCUUCGCCGCCGAAGACACUAAGCCAAAGCGAGGCCGUCGAUCUUGGGCAAGGAAGCGCACAGCGACACAUAGCUGUGAAUUUCCUGGCUGCGGAAAAACGUACACCAAGAGCUCUCACCUGAAAGCUCAUCUACGAACACACACAGGUGAAAAACCUUACCACUGCAGCUGGGAAGGCUGUGGCUGGAAGUUCGCCCGAUCCGACGAGCUGACCCGUCAUUACAGGAAGCACACUGGACACCGGCCUUUUCAGUGUCAUCUUUGCGAAAGGGCCUUUUCCAGGUCCGACCACUUGGCUCUGCACAUGAAGAGGCACAUAUAAAACAUAUUUUUGAUAUAACUUUUUAUCUCCCCUCGCAGAGGGUGUUACUUUUCACUUGUAAAUAUGCGAUUUUAGAUUAAGUUAUAGCUGUAUUUAAGAAGAAUGACAUGCUGAAUGUGCAUUCCUUGUAAAUUAUUUUCUGUUGACCUGGAGAAACGGAUAUGAGAUGAAUCGGGGCAGGACCCACACCAUGUUUUUGUACAUAUAGGCCUACACAUUGGGUUCGUUUUGUACAUAUAGGCCUACACAUUGGGCUAGUUUUGCUGUAUGCUUUUUAUUCUGUUAUUGUACUUUUCGUAAUAACUGCCCUUGUCAGGGGUAUGUGUUUGUAUUGAGCAGUUAAGACUGCCUGGCAAUUGAUUUUUAUUUUUCAUUUUUUCAAAAUGUUCUGUUUGCCUAAAAUGUAAAUGACAAUCACUUGGUCUUGAUGGUUUUGGAGAAAAGGUACUAUCCAAACUGCCUUACAGUGAAGUGCUUAUAAUUUAUGUCAUCAAAUGAAUGACAUGAUGAAGUUAUGCCAUGUAUAUGCGUAUUAUCUGCAUACUUGAACAUUUCUUUAAAACUCUUAUUCGAAAUGACAGAUAUGUCUGUCAUCCACUCAGAUGCUUGUUGAUUUUAAAGAAAUUCAAAACAAAUAAAACAAAUAUUCAAAA